AUGGAGGUCUCCUUGACAGGAAAAUUUGGAUUGCUUGUUUUGCUUAUUUCAUUCUGGCAGUCGUUGGUCUUUGUGGAAACUCUCGACAAUGGUUUAGCGAAAACUCCACCAAGUAAGUGCUAGGAAAGAUCCAUUUUACAUUUUCUUGUCAUUUCGUUUGAAAGCGGCACCUUUUUCUUGUCACAUGAUUUUCAGCUGGCUAAUAUUAUGUUUAUUCCUUUAUUAUAAAUAGAUUUUGAUCUUUCGCGUUUUCCCUUUAUUAUUCUCUCUGUAAAUUAGGUAACCCUUAUAUCAAGUACAGCUAUCAGAGAUACUUUAGUAAACUGCACAUCAAACGCAGGCAUUGCAGCUGCCAAAAUGAGUACCGCUAGCUGGGAAACUUGUCCUUUCGAUAUAAAGUCGUUUCAAUACAAGUCGUUUCGAUACGAACUCAAGCAGUGAAUUUGCACAAAAAUUUCGAUUACUUCAAGUUAAGUUUGCAGCUGAGCAAUAAAAACAUUUUGGGUGAAUAUUCUUCGCUCUUUCAGCCAAGUACGUGAAACUAUUUGCAACUCGAAGGAAUUACCUUGGAUCGAAACGACUUGUAUCGAAACGACCAGUAACCAACAGCUGGUAGUGCUGAGUUUUGGCGAAGAGUGAUAAGGGUGCUUUGCAGCAAGAAGCAGAACCCUCGGCAAUGUUACAGCAAGAGGAAACGAGAAAGUAUAGAAGUAGACCUCUUGAAUAUUAUGAAACCUUUAAAGUUAAAGUCAAUAAAUUAAUUAUUAAUUUAUUGACUUUAACUUCCUCUUCCACCCCUGCGGUGGAUGAUACCACAGGGCGCGACACAUGCAAUCAGUGUUGUAACCGAUUGUUGUUCUAUAGUAAAUGUACUGGAUUUACCGUUUGCUUGACCUAUAGCGAUAUAUUGCCAAGUAUGUCUAUAAAUCAAUGUUAAUUAAACGUUGAAUUACCUUAUCUGUGGUAUAUUGUUGUACUUUUGUCUCAAAAGCAGUUUUUAGAGCGAUUUUGAAGGAUUUUGAGUUUGCCUUUUACUGUUCCUAAUAGUAGAAGGACAAGGGCGGAAUCCAUGUUUUGAAAGAGCUCCAGUGCCGGAGCAAUUUUCCCCCAAAAAAUCGCAUCGCUCUGCUUUCAAACUUCGCAGCUAAAAGGUCAAAAGAUUCAGGUGUUCAGGUGUGUCUUAAAGAAUGGGUUGCAGAUCAUCACUACAGUUGGUCUUGAAAAACCUACCUAUUUUAAAUUUAAUACUGGGUACAAAUUGAGAGGCCCUAGUGUUACAAACUCACCCAACACCAGCUAAGAAAUUAUUGCAUGUGCACCCCUUACCUGUACUUUGCAGACCUGUGGCAGCUGUGUAAACAAAAGUCAGGUGAUGGCCUCACUGCAUGAUCAUCAUUAUUAUAUAUGAAUUUUAGUUAUUACAGGGACUUUUGUAAAAUCGAUGGCUAUCUGCUUAGGAGAAUACCCAAAGUUAGUUAUGUGUGAUAUAUUAAGAUGUUAUUUUCAUUUUAGUGGGAUGGAUGGAUUGGGAGAGAUUCCGCUGUAACGUAGACUGUACAAAUGAUCCUGAAAAUUGCAUCAGGUAUUUCUGUUUCCCUCUUUUUUUAAAAAAAUGUUGUAGUGUGAUGCUUUCUUUUGAUUGUAUGCUGAGUUAAUGAAUAUUUUUGCUUCGAUCAUUAAUUUUAUACAGCAUUAAUGUUACUGCAGCCAAGCCUGUCAUAAUAAGUGACCACCCAAAAUGCAAAGACUUAGUGGUUGCUUAUGGAAGGUGGCUGCUCUGGGGGGGGCACUUGGGUAUUUUUUGGGUGGGUAUGUGCCGCACGUGACUCCAAAUUGGCACCCCGUUCUAAAAAAAAUUCCCCUAAAAUUGAUACCCCGUUCUAGAAAUGGGCCAAUUUUUUAUACCCCGUUCUAGAAUUCGCCCAAUAACUGAAACCCCGUUCUAGAAAUGGGCCAAUUUUUUAUACUCGGGGUGGUUGCUUAUGGCAAUCAAACCACUGGGGUCUCUUCUGAGAAGAGGUCUGUAGUAAUGUGGAAGACAAUAAUUUAUUUGAAGUUAAAAUAAUGUGUAGACUGUCCAAUUUAGUUACUAAAAGUAUUUGUAUAUGUUCUGGUUCAAUUUUAUCUUUGGCUUGAAUUUUAUUUUUCUUUGUUUCAAACUCAUUAUCAUACAUUACCAUAACCAAAGACAAUGGAAAAUAGAUUUUAAACCAUGCAAGAAUUGAAUUAAAGACAUACCCUGAGUUAAUUAAAGUACAUACAGCGUACAUGCAUAGAGAUGAGACCAUGUGUCAAGUGGUUUCUUACAAGAGGUAGAAAACAAUGGAAAAUCAUAAAACCAUCAACUUUGUAAAGUGGUUGCAUCACUUACAUGUACAGGAGGUGGUUUUUUGUGUGUGGUUUGAGCUUUAAGGCUUUGACUGGAAACAUUAUGGUGUUUUGGGUAUAGGUGAUCGCUUAAUGUAGUUGGUCAGUUACCAGAGUGUUAUAGUCACACAUGAAGAUUCGACUUUAUGGCUGUGUUAAUUCUUAAAUUUAAUUAUCUUGUUCUAAUAUUAUCAGUGAAAGGUUAAUCAUGGAGAUGGCAGAUCGCAUGGCUGAAGAUGGUUUUAAGGAUGCUGGUUAUGAAUACGUGUCCAUUGAUGUAAGUUUUCUUUACCUGCAUUUAAUGUUUAUAUCCAUUACAUAGCUUCUUUGUGGUUUGUCUCAUUUUUGGAUACCAGUCUUAAUGAAGCAAAACUGUGUAAAUGUUAUUUUUAGGAUUGUUGGGCCUCACAUAAUCGUACUUCUGAUGGUCAGCUCCAGCCAGACCCUGAAAGAUUUCCACAUGGAAUGAAAGCUCUUGGUGAAUAUGUAAGUAAAAUCUCAGAUAAAAGCUGUAAAAUCAAGGCUACCUCUAUUCCUUCCCUUGUUUUGGACCCUUUCCAUGACUGUAGCUCCCAUUUCCUCUUAAAUGUUGCAGAAACCCCAAAGCAAAGUAACAUGAAGACUUUAUUUUAAUUGGUUAGUACUGUUAGUUACAAAACUAGCUGUUAGGUGCAAAGAGAAGAGAAUUCCCCCUGACAGAUUCAUUGACAAAUCAAAAACUAUAAAACAGGGUAUUACACCAUUACCAGAUCAAUACUACUGACCUUUUCCCUUUUAGUUCCCACCCAUGUCUUCCAUUGUUCUUCCCCCCUUUCUCCCACCCUUUGUAUGCGAUGUGGUUAAGACUCUCUAUCCUCCUGCUUAGCUUGUGCACUUUUUUUCUCCAUGUUUCUAACCCCCCUCCCACUUUCCUGGUGCAUUCUCACACCUACAUAACAUGGUUCCUGUACUCUUGUCUCCAUGGCCUCACUCCUUCUUUUCUUAAAUUUCCUACUCUCUUCUCUCAUUUUUGUCUUCCCUCUUAACCUUUUCUCUUUGUUGACCCACCUGUUCACUAACAGCUCUCAUGCUACAUAUAUGUAUUUGUUAGUUCUGCCUAAUGAUGGGUGAAAUUGUGAAAGCAUGACGAGUGAAGGUAGGGAAAGCAAAGCUUGCCAGGGAAACAAUGUUGUUUGCUAGAAAGUAAUUAUUACUUUUCUAGCAAACAACAUUGUUUCCCUAGCAAGCUUUGCUAAUCCUUAUUACCUUCACUCAUCAUGCUUUCAUAAUUAAUCAUAACUAUAACAAAAUUGUCAAAUCUGAUUGGCUAUCAACUGCCCUAAUUUCAGCCUUAAUUGAACAUGCCAGCAAAACAAAAUUUGGAAUUUCUUGUGUUUUGAUUUAAAAAAUAGCUUAUUAUAUCACAAAUUUUGUUAAAGUUAUGAUUAAUUGGUAACAGAACUUCGUGUCGUCCAAUUCGGUCUGUGAUCAUACUCGUGAUUAAACAAAUUGAACUCCUGCUACGCGGUCGUCUGAUUUUGUCAAUCACUUGUAUGAUUACAGACCGAAUUGGACUCCACUCAGUCCUGUUACCAUUACUAAUCAUGAGCAAAGGAAAUUGGAUAUGUCUAUUGAAUUAUUCAAUCAAGAACACUUACAGGGUGUACAUGCACCUUCUACCUUCAUUUCCCUCAUCUCUGUUUUCUGAGAGUAUGCAGUGCAUGGUUGGUUAUGAAUAAUAAACCAGUGAAAAAGAAGUACUGCUUGUGUUCAAACAUUUAUUCUUUAAUAAUCUUUUGCUAACUUUCAGAUUCAUUUGAAAGGAUUAAAGUUUGGAAUAUAUGCAGGUGAAGUCUGACAAGUGUGUUACAAUUUUUAGGAGGAAGGAAGCACUAAUGGAUAAAAUUUAUGACUUAAUGUUGCUGUUGGAUAUUUCUUCAUUGUGGACAUUUCCACUGAAGCUGUUAUUAGAGACUUGUUUUAAUUCAUAAACUUUUUUUUUAUCAUCUUGGGUUUACUACACACUCCCUCUAUUGCCAGUCAGAUAAGAAUUGUCUCUAUAAAUGAAGAUAUUCAUUGCAAAACAGUUGUUAAAGGACCUGGCAAAAACUUCAUGUUUUUUGAAAUUUAAAAUUUUCCUUCUCUUAAAUGGAAAAGCUGUUUUUCUUUCAGAAAUUUCCUUAAGGAAGGGGAUCAUGUGAGGCUGUCCCAAACAAUUUUUUUUAUCUCUUUUAAGUGUCUUAAAUAAUAGUAAUUUAUUAAAUAAAAUAAAAUAAAUAAAUAACGAUUUGUACUUAGCACAUCCACGUAGUGGUUCUUCGUCUACCUGAUUUCUGGUCGAAUUGGAAUUUGGAAAUGUUGGUUUUUGAGCAGAGGGGAAAACUGGAAUACCCAGAAAAAAACCUCUCGGAGCAAGUGAAAGAACCAACAAACUUCCAUUUUAUUCAAUGUCGUCCUAAAAAUUUUCUUAUUAUGUUUUUAGUUUGUAGAUUCCACAAUUUUCAUGAAAAACCUUUCUCACUAAUAGGAAACUUCAAUCUUUACCAUUCAUUUUCUUGUUUAUGAUUCAUGAAGCCAAUAAUAUAAUUUUUUUUAAUUUAUCCCAGAUUAUGGAACUAAAACUUGUGGAGGUUAUCCAGGAAGCAUUGACCAUAUUCAGCAAGAUAUGAAUGUAAGUAAAAAGGAGCCCUUGUUUUUCCUUAUAACCAUCUUAAUUAAAUUUAUUUCUCAUAUGACAAGUGGCAUCUCCAUUUAAAGUAAAACUAGGGACAAAGUUAUGAUUUUUUAAAGGAGUUGGGGGAGGGGAGGUCACACUGUGUCACACCUUCCAUUCAUGCUCAUCCAUACUGUAUUUUACUAAAAACACAGAGAUUUUUAAUAGUUACUGCAUGUUACCUCUCCAGAUAGUAGCUUAGUAAGAUUAGGAAGAGUCCUUUUCUUGACUUCUUUAUAGAGUCAAAUUCUUAAUAUUUCAUCAAAUUUGCUCAAGUGAGCAGCUCUUGGUUGAAGAUAAAUUUACACAUCAUGAUGGCACAUUCAUCUGUAAACUCUGAAUGUAACGAACUUAAUUUUUCUCUUUAUUCCACAUUAUCACAGGAAAGGUUUGUUGAUUAAUUUUAAGAUUAGUAGCUUAUCAGGCUCAUUUUAUCAACAUUGCCUCAAAACACUCUCUUUACCAUGUUUUAAUUUUCAUACAUUGUAAACAUUACAUGUUAUUAAAAAUCACUUUUUAGACAUUUGCUGGGUGGGGAGUAGACUAUUUAAAACUGGAUGGCUGCUAUGCUGACCCAAAGACAAUGGAUACAGGCUACCCAAUGGUCACUAAGGCACUUAACAACACAGGCCGACCAAUAGUAUUCUCUUGUAGCUGGCCAGCUUAUCAAGUAGCAGCGAAAAUAACGGUAAGAAGCAUGCUUUUUCUACUCUUAUUAUUGGCCAGAAUCUGUGCUACCUCACAAUAAUCUGUAUACAUAAGUUUUCAACAUAAGUAAAAGUACCCCUAGCGCUGCAAACUCCCAGAGAAUCCCAAACCAAUAUCAUUCCAAAAGUAAAAUGUUUUCCAUGCUUUUGAUGGUCCUGAAAAAAAGUUCUGCCAAAUCAUGGCGUGGAAUUAAAAUACUGUCCAUUGUACUUCUGGAACUUGAAUUUCUAAGUGCCCAUGGCCAGGGGCGCUUUGAACCAUCUUGUACAUAAACAAUUUCUGCAGCCCCACUCCCAACCCCCACUUCUGCGGGUCUUUGAGGAUGACAUCAUCACAACCCAUUUUCUGCAACUCUGGUCUCUUCAUCCCAUGGGUUUACAAGGAGAACAAGAAAGGAUUACAUGAGUAUCUAAAGGAAAGAUUUUGGAGGAGGCUACAUACGGGUAUUAUUUUGCCAUUAUAAAUAUAUUAAGCUACAGUAAGUUUUCCAAAAAAUGUGUUUCAACAAAACUUUACUUAUUAAUAUUCUGGUUGCAGAAUACCAUCCAGAUAAGGUUUCAAAUUUAUUUAUACACACUAUCAUCAGUUAUUAAAAAAGUUAAAAGCAUACAGUUAAUUCAAAACCUUUUUCAUUAUAUCCCUGAGAUAAUAUUGUACUAUUAAGACCACUAUUUAUCUUUAAAAUUUGCAGCCCAACUAUACAAGAAUUGCUGAAUACUGCAAUUUGUGGAGAAACUAUGAUGAUAUACAGGUAAUUGAUUCAGUAAAAUUUGCAAUAAUAUUAGUGAGGUGUUUGUGGUAAAAGUUAUGAAUGGGUUUCUUGAUUGACUGUUGGCCAUCACUUAGAUGAUCAUUGGCUGGUGAACUGUAUGUUGACGUAUCCCUUCCUCAAGGUUGAGCCCUACAGCUCUGAAUCGUUCAUGAAAUCUAAGGUGCCCGGCUUAUACUGGUAGGCUGUGUGCAUUUUAUUGGGGUUCCACUGUACUGCUCGGUAUCACCCAACUCAUUUCUGAUGAUGACUUUCACAAAGUCAUCUUAUCAAAACGAAAGUCAGUGUCGACACAUUGCUUUUCAGGACUACCACUAGCCCCAACAGCAUUAUUCAACUUACAUAUUCAAGUGAAUGUUAUUGAAAGGGCGUGUGUGAUUGGGCCCUAAGGUUGUAGAAGUUUAUAAUUAGUUAUUAGAGAGAUUAAGAUUCAUGUUUACCGCAAACGGCAAACGUCAGAUUCAAGUUGAGAAUUUCUCAGAAUAGAAAACAGUCCUGAACGAUUCCUAUGGUUAAAACUGGCAUAAAACUACUUAUUUUUGUGUAGAAGCACUAACCAGUAAACGAAAAUAAGGAAAAACUUGGUCUCGUGGUACAAAUUCACGUUUGCCGUUUGGCGUAAACGUGAAUCUUAAUAUCUCUCUAUUCUUAUUGAGUAUGCAGGUAGUAGAACUCGUUUUUUUCUGGCACCGUUUCAACUAAACGCAGAAGUUAAAUUAGAAAUAUUGUGAAAAUUUCUCUGAAUUAAAUUAUUGAAAAUUUAAUGGUCUGUCUUUCAGGAUUCUUGGCAGAGUGUCACAGGUAUAGUUAAAUGGUAUGGUGAUCAUCAAGAUGAAAUGAUACCUGCUGCUGGACCUGGUCACUGGAAUGAUCCAGAUAUGGUGAGGCAUUUUAUGCAACUUUUUCUUGAGGAAAGCCAAUUUGUAUUACUGCAUUAUCAUUAUUUUUUGUAGCUAAUAAUAAUAUUAUAUUUUCUUAGCUUAUUAUAGGUGACUUUGGUUUAAGUUAUGAAGAAUCCAAAGCUCAAUUUGCUAUCUGGGCAGUCAUGGCGUCUGUAAGUAUAUGAAGAUUCUCCUUUGAUUUUACGACUCAUACAGCAGCUGCUUACUCCUCUGACGCUUCGUUUUUUUUUUGCAUCCUGGUCGCGAACAAAGGUGAGCACGAAACUUUAGUUACUGGUCACAAAGUGUAAGGAACAACAGGAAGGAAAAAAAGAGAGGUACCUUCCUUCGAACGCAAAGUUGCAUUGCGAGAGACUCAUCUCGGUACGAGGCAGAUGAAGCUGUUUAACCCUUUAUAAACCCUAUUAGUAUAUUCUAAAACAGUCGAUAGUUUUUUUCGCGUGCUCUGAUUGGCUACUCUAUCUCUGGAUAUCCAGUAUUAGUAUUCAUUCAAAAUAUUUGUCCUUUUCUGAUUGUCUGAAAUAACGCGAUAAAUUCUUCAUAACCAGCUACUGCUGACCAAAUAUGGAAGAUUGUUUGUUGAUAUCAGCCAAAUUGAGUCACUUCGAGGAUUGUUGACAGAAAUGUGGACAGUAGAAGCCAGCCAAGCGCUGUACCGAACGAGCUAGUUCCGAAGCGGUUAACAACAAUAACUACUGUAAUCCGGACGACCAUAAUCAUCCCAAAUACUUCUUUACUUUGCAGCCCUUAAUUAUGUCGACUGAUCUUCGUAAAAUCCCUCUUUGGGCGAAAGAGAUUCUGCUCAACAGGUAAUAUUUGCCUUAAAGUUUGUCAAUAAGUUUCCUUACUUUGGACGGUGCAAGUGAAUCUGAACAUAAUAAAAUUCGCUUUGUAGUGAGGUUAUUGCUGUGAAUCAAGACAAGCUGGGGAAAAUGGGAAGACGAGUUCAAGUAAGCCACUUAAAAUAUAUAAAUAUCUUUAAGUUUAAAACUUAACCGACAGUCAGAUUUUCCAAUGACAAUGAGCUAUAACAAUUACUCGUUUCUCUCAAAAUGGAGACUCAUUACAAUCAACCAGUGGUUAGAUGUGUCUUGGGCCAGUUAUUUUGUUAGAAAUAGUUAUGGUGAGUCCUGGGACUCAUCUUGUGAACAAAUCAUGCUCGUUUUAUUGUGGAGACAUAUGUUUAAGACAGAACCUCGUGAGAACUAGCACGUAACCAGUGAACAACAAUUAAGAUGCAAAGGAAAUGUCUUCCUUUGUUCCAACGCAGUUGCAAAAUGUUUGAGAUACUUAAUCAAUCGUAAAACAUGAUACCGAUGAUUAUAUUUUCUUUUGCCACAUUAAGAAUGGUAGCUCUGAGAUCUGGGCUCGACCGUUGGCUGAUGGUUCCGUGGCUGUGGUGUUGUUCUCACACUCUGAUUCUACCCCAGUUACUAUUAAAGCAACCUUUGAAUUGGUAAGUGGUCCUAGUUUUGGGCCAAAAAAUCUAAAUUUUCUCUUGUAAAAUCCUAAUAUUUGAAUAGUACUAUGCGAUAGUUCUGCCAAAGAGGUUUUAUAUGAAUGGUUAUAUGGAUUGGGCAGCUGAUGGGGCGGUUCCCCCCCUACUUCGCUCGCAAAAGAGUUUCUGCUCCUUGCAGUGUCGCCUACUAACGUGUACUUGUUUGUCAGAUUGGACUGAGCGCUAAGCAAGCUGUGGCACGUGACCUGUUUGAACACAAGGAUCUUGGAAUAUAUGACACCAUGUUCGAAGCCGUUGUCAACCCGAGUGGAGUGGUGAUGGUCAAAUUGAUUCCACUUAUGUAGCGCUGGGAAAGAAAUGGUCAUCAAGUAAGUUUGCAUGAGCAUUCACUGCAAAAAAGAACAUAUUAGAAAAUGCAAAAAAAAUUCCAGAACUCUCGUGCAAUGCCCCUUUCAGUCGAUCCCGUAAAGUUGAUCAAACCCGAAACAACCCUUAAUCCAUUUUCCCAUGCUCGUCAUCUUAUCGUGUGCGAACUGAACGACAUACAACUAAGGACUAACAAUAAUCUGAUAUACAAGUUCGGUAAAAAAUAUCGCUUAGAGGUGAGGGAAAAGUAAGGGUUGGCAUAGUCAGAGAAUUUUCUUCUUAUAAAGAGCUGCUACGCUGGAAUAGCCGAUGAGCGAAUCGAUACAGUUGGCUCUCAUCGCCUCUUGCAGCAAGGGGCGAUUCGAAAGAGUAGGAACUUCCCUGAGCGGUGGUAAGCGGUAAGAGGUGGCCGCUGUGUCUCAAUUGAAAGCUAUACAUUUCUGCUUUUCUGUUUUUUAGGAAGAACAGUUAUUUCAAAGAAUUGGAUUGAUCAUGGAGUUUGGAGAGCAUUCUAAUCAGAAAUGUGGGGGAUUCAUUAAUUUCGUCCUUGGUGGUGAGACGAAAAUCACUCCGAAAUAGUUUCUCACUUUUGUUAUAUAAUGUAUUUUCCGUUAGUCUUGAAGGAGCAUUUUACAGGAUCAAAACACUCAUUUUUUUGUACACUUUGCGAUGCUCGUUGUUAACAGAGUUCGUCACUUCUUAGGU